CGGUUACAUCUUGCGCGGUAAAUUUCAUAUUUGAGUUUGGCCUAUGGGGUGUUGUAUUGUCCAGAUAUAUUAUUAUUAGUUUUGAUUUUAAGCUAUUAACCUGGAGAAGUAAAAGUACGGAUGAUCGACACUUGCAAUAAUGGAGGACCUUGAAAAGCAGUAUGAAGAAACUGGGCGGAUCUUCGACAAAUUUGUGCACCUUUGCAAGUCGUUGCACCUCGACUUUGUGCAACAUAUCCAAGACAUCAAUGUUGACCUGUCAUUAGAUACUGAUGAAACGAAGUUAAAAUUACCUGCAAUCGAAUGUUUUAAAGAGUUUGUAGAAAAUGGAAAGGACGACGAAGUUAUUCAAGAGAAAAAUGAGCCCGAGGAUUCGUGGCAGCAAGUGUGUGGACCUCGUGAGAAUUAUGAAGAUGUCAGCGGAAAGUCGACUGGCCAUGAGUUGAAUCCCCUCACACCAACUGCGAUAGAGCGAAGUGUAAAUUUCGACCAAGAGCCUUUAGUUUUGAGCAAUAAAGGUGUCCAGACAACCCCACUAUGUCGCAAGGUGUCAAAAACAACACCAAAGAAUCUUUUACGAAGCCUUCAGCAUUCAUCAAUUUUGGAUAAGAGUUUGGGCACUGCAGAGAAAGGUGAAUCAAGCUAUGAAGGAGAUGUGUCAUACGAAAGCAACUUUCACAGCCAUGCAGCUUUAUCAAGCUUUUCAGCCACUGAUAUUGAUGCCACUGUUUUUCCCAAUUCCACAUACACCAACACGCCAUCAGAGGAGACAGAUGGGUCAACUUUUGUUAGCAGCAAGAAUUUUUAUGAUAGCUAUGAAGUUGACAGUAACACAGAAAUUUCAUCAAUAAUGUCAGAUACUUCCAAUUUCAAACGAGUUCGUGCAAGCCGGUAUUCCCUGGUCAGUUUCAAACUGCCUGUAAAAGAUGACACAACACUUGAUAGUUUUACUGAAGGGAUGAGCUUGAAUAUGGACAUCGCCAGUAAGGAUCCAAUUUUGGAAAGUGGGAAAGAAGAAUGUGGUGCAUCAACAUCGAUCAGUAUUUUUGCAUGUGAUGAUUCAGACAUGCAGGAUUUGCAAUCAUUGAUUGCAGAAGAAUCUACUGCUUCUGUUUCAAUAGAAGAAUCUUUGCACAUUGAUAAAAGAAAAUCUUGUGAAACAAGAGAAUUUGAACUAUCAGUUUCAGGUCAUUCUAGUAUUUCCCAAGAAACAGAAGAACAGAAUUUCACAGAUGAAACAGUUGAGAAUGUUUCAAUGACCCAUGAAUCUUUGCUGACAUCAAAAACAGAGGAAGAUGUAGUUGAUAGCCAAGGCGAAGAUGCCAACAAGUCUCAAAAUGAGGAUGUUGAAAAAAGCAUGACUGAGCAAGAACAUGAAAAAACUUCACCGAUGGAAGAAAGUAUGGAUGAUCAUGAACAUGAAAACUCCCUGCGUGGAGAAGCAACUGUCCAUGGUAAGGCUGUUGUGCUAGCAGAUGGGAAAGAGGACUUUGUGGCAAAUGUGGGUGAUAAAUCGGCUGUGAACCAACAGAACAGUUAUGCGAAAUCGCCUCUAAAUAAUGAGCAAAGCCCAGAGGCUGUUAUGGAUACCUCUCAUGGUUCUGUAGUUGGCAGUGUUGCAAAAGAUAAUGUUGGGAAUAUUGUUUCUGAAGAUGGUGACGCUGAACGAGCAAUUAGUAAAACUGAGAAUUGUGAUACCGAUAUGAAAAUGGACCAAUCAGAUGAUUUGAAGGAAGUAAGUAACUCACCAGCUGAUCAAAAUGAUUCAUUGGCCGCCAGUCCGUUGCCAGAAGAAGAUGAUAGUCCAGAAGAAAACUUCAUAGGUCAGGGUGAGCCAGAAAUUGAAGACACAGCUGUGCUUGAAAAGACAAGGCCAGAAAUCACAUCGAUGGUAUCUCCUUUGAAAACAAGUUUGGGAGGUAAAGGCAAGAAGAAACAGAGAAAUAAGCAAGUUCAAAUUAAUGGGAAAAAGAAGAGAAAGGGACCGCCACUCAAUAUGCCGAAUAGUUGGAAACCCAAGAGACACAAUCUUAUGGCAUGCUUAACGCUUGCAAAGUUGAAUGAGACAAGAUCACAGCAAACACGCUAUGCCUUUAGACGCGAACCAAACUCAACUAUUCUGAAAAAUGUCCAAGAUACGCCUUUGUGUAAACCAAUUUCGAACACAAAACUUUUCUCCCGAAAGAAAUUGAGCUCUCUUGAGGAUUCAUCUUUGUUUUCUUCAGAGGAAGACCAAAGUCAAGAGAAGAUUGAAAAAUUGAAUAAUAAUGAAUGCGGUAAUACCAGUGUUCCCAAUGGAUUUGCUGUUGUACAGAGGACUCUUAAAACACCGAAAUUGUCACAAAAGCCUGACUUGGCAAGCAGCAUGCUGAAAAGUCAGAAUAAAACACAGACUGCUGUGGACAGAAAUGACGGCAGUGUUGUCGCUAUGGAUACAACCCCAGACGCUGAUAGAAAGUUGGCACUGUAGCGACC